AUGACAACCGCUCUGGACCCGGGCACCAAGCACACCGACUUCGUCUCCUGGGCCAAGUCCAAUGGCGUCGAGAUCCACGGGAUCGCUCCCGCGCGCUUCGUAGGCCGAGGAAUGGGCAUUGUAGCCGCUCAAGACAUCAAAAAAGGAGAUAAGCUAGUCCACGUGUCCAACAAAUCCCUAGUCCACGUCGCCUUACCCAGCAUCCACAGUCUCAAGCUCCAAGAGACCAUCACUGUGCACGGCAAGCUCGCCUUUACGCUAGCACUCUGGUACAAAGGCCACAAGGAGCACGACUACACGCUGUGGCAAGACGUGUGGCCUACGAGUUCCGACUUCAAAGCCACCAUGCCAAUCUACUACCCUGCGCCUCUGCAAGCGCUCCUCCCGCCAGCCGCAAAGUCGCUAUUAUCCAAGCAAACUCAGAACCUUGAGCGGGACUGGGCCAGUAUCGCCCCACACAACCAGGGCUUAAUAGACAAACCGACGUACACUUACACCUGGCUCAUUGUCAACACAAGAACCUUCUACUGGUCGUACCCAGACCUGCCCAACGCCCACGCGCGCCUGCCCAAGCGCAGACCCAAGCUCACCGCCGACGACUGCUACUGCAUGUGUCCGUUUAUCGACUACUUCAACCACUCGGAUGCCGGCUGCGACCCCCAGCUCUCGGAGAACGGCUACACGGUGACUGCGGACCGCGCGUAUGCGGCGGGCGAAGAAGUCUUCAUCACAUACGGGUCACACACGAACGACUUUCUGCUUACUGAAUAUGGCUUCAUUCUUCCCGCGAGCAACAAGCAUGAUGCUAUCCCGCUGGAUGACUUGUUGCUGCCGCUGCUAGAAAAAGAGCAAGUGGAUGCGCUAAAGGAAGAUAGCUUCUAUGCAAAUUAUACGCUGUAUGGGAAGGAAAGGGACGAAACAGUGUGUUACCGGACACAGUCGGUGCUAAGACUGCUGGUGCUGGAUGCAAAGCGGUAUGCGGCGUUUGUUAGUGGAGAUGAUGAUGGCGCGAGGGACCAGGGCCGUGUGAACAGGUAUCUGGCGGGCGUGCUGACAAAGUACUCGAGGAAGAUUGCCGAUAUCAUCGAGCAUGUUGAAGGGCUCGACCUUGGGCAGGAUUCAGAAAAGGCUGAAAAGGGCGUGGUAGAGGGCCAGCGAGAGACUGUGCUCAAACGUUGGAAGCAGAUACGAGAUAUGGUGAACAACGCCAUCCAAACCCUCGAGUCAUAGCGCCGUACAGGGACAUGCCAUCAUUAGAGUAGCUCACUCCGUGUAACAUGUUUUGAAAG